AUGCCUCAUAAUAUUAUCGGUGGAGCAACAGGCUCGAACUGUGACUCAGUCCGCCGGAUAUUGCGGAAGGUUCAAUCUGGUUUGAAUAGUCUAUUUACAGAUUCUCGCAAAGGGGCACACAAUGCCCCGCCAGUCUCCGCUGCAAGUGAUGGACAUGCUUCAUCAACCUCGAAUACCGGGGCUGAUCCGAAAUCGGCACCUCGGGAUGCACAACUGGAUGUCUCGCCAGUCUCCGUUGCUCCCCCAAGUGAUGGACAUACUCCAUCAACCUCGAAUACCGAGGCUGAUCCGAAAUCGGCACUUCGGGAUGCACAACAGGGUGGAGAUAGCAUGGUUCCAUUGUCAGGACCUGCAACAACUGCAGCGUCUGUUGGCCAAGGCGCACAAGGGGAUCUCGAUACUGCUGGCAACUUCCAGGACACAUAUCUCAAACCUCUCAGGAUAUUCGACGAUGUUAUUGGGCAGAUCGCAGACCUACAUCCGUAUGCAAAGAUAGCGCUGGGCGUGUUGACUGGUCUGGUUCAUUCGGUCUCAUUUUCGAUGGACGGCACCUGCAUUGCAGCUUGCUCGAAUGAUUGCACCAUUCAACUCUGGGAUCUAGCAACAGGGAAACCAGUUGGCGAGCCCUUCUUGGGCCAUACUGAACCGGUCACCUCAGUCUCGUCCUCACCCGACGGCACUCUACUUGCAACCGCUUUGAAGGACAGCACCAUCCGGGUGUGGGAUCGUGCGACAGGGAAAACAGUCGGUGAGCCCUUCUUGGGCCAUACUGGACCGGUCACCUCAGCCUCGUUCUCGUCCGACAGCACUCUACUUGCAACCGCUUCGAAUGACAAGACCAUCCGGGUGUGGGAUCGUGCGACAGGAAAAACAGUCUUCUCAGCGCUAGCUCCGACGUCUCGUCUUUCGAUUGCAAUCCUUAUUUUUCAGAGGUCAUGGUAUUAACGACUCACUACUAUGGUAUUUCUCGAUGUCUAUAUGUGUAGUUACAUAUGGUUUCGGUCUCCACAACACCUUACUAUCACUGAUUCAAUAACUCAGUGAUACAUACAGUGAGGUGUGACAGGCUCGAAAUUCAGUAUUGAGUUAAAUAGUACCGUUCCCCGUUGACUAUCCGAGGGGUUCCGGUUAGAAUGUUGGCGCGAAUGUAUAAAUCGACUGUGG